AAAAGGGUAAACAAGUUUCUUGGAGGGGACGGUCAAAAUACUUACUUUACUUGUACUUAACAAAUGAAGUACCUUUUUUUAAGUUAAGUUUAUGCAAGUUUAAUAUUGCAUUCAAAAUUAUUGGCCAUUUUAAUCAGGACGUAUAUCAAUGAAUCGUUCACAUUAAGUCUUUCAAUAUUUCAGUACUUACUUGUUCGAAUUUAUGUACUAUAUACUUGCUAAUAAAAAUCGUUUAAAUUACCAAAAUUAAGUUUAUUCGCUUAUUUUUUUGUAUAAAAUCAUAUUUACUGAGGCCUAUGUCGAAGUCUAAAGAUUUAAGUGAUUUAAAGAUGAAAGAUCUUCAUCAAAAUGAAAGUAUUACUGGAGAAAAACUAAUAUAUCCUGCUGCUACAAGAAACCAAGAACCAAUACUGCAGGUUUUGAAGAGGUUUAUAAUAUGUGAUCUGGAUAAAGUUUGUGAUGAGAGUCCUUUGUUUCUAGAGGUCUCAUCAGGAUCAGGACAACAUCUUUAUCACUUUGCACCUCAUUUCCCAGGAGUGAAAUUUCAACCUUCAGAAUAUGAUAAAAGUCUUCUUGGUAGCAUAGCUUAUUACAGUCAACUCUGCCCAACAAAAAAUAUUUUAACACCCAUACAACUGGAUGUUUGUAAUGAAUUUAACAGCUAUGGGUUUCAUGAAAACUCUAUUGAUUAUCUUUAUAAUGCGAAUAUGAUCCAUAUUAGCCCAUAUGAAUGCACCAUAGGAUUGUUUAAGAAUGCAGGCAGUUAUUUAAAGCCUGAUGCUCUGAUGAUAACAUAUGGCCCUUAUAGUAAAGAUGGUAAAAUAACGCCUCAAAGUAACAUUGAUUUUGAUGCUUCCCUAAGAAGCAGGAAUCCUUUGUGGGGCCUUCGUGAUAUUAAUGAUUUAUUAAAAUUAGCUGAAGAAUGUGAUUUAUCUUUAAUGGACACUAUAGAAAUGCCUGCAAACAAUAAAACUUUAAUCUGGAAAAAGAAUUGAGGCUAAGGCAUAUCUGUUCUGUUUAGGUAUUUCUUUUAAACUUGCAAAUAUGAUGAAAUUGGCCCAGUGAUAGUUAACUUCUUUUUGGUAAUUUAGUAGUCAAUAUUUUGCAUAUGAACUAGAUGUUAAUUAUUGACUAUGGAAUGGACACAAAAUAAUUAGGAUUGAUAUUUAGAGAUUAGAAUAGCAUAAUGUUUUUGUGAUAUGGAUACUUUCACGGUGAAAUAAAAAUGUAGUAAACUAGUAUAUAAGCCUUAUUUGGUUCCAAUUUGGAGGUAAAAUACCUAUACUCAUGGUGAAGGUUGUGCAAAAAGUGAUUAAAACUUAUGUGAAUAAUGUCAAGUUCUUAAAAAGCCUUGUGUUUUAGCUUUUACUGUCCCACUGCUGGUCAAAUAAGCAUUAACACUUAGUAAAAAUAAAUAAAUUGAUGUAAUCAAUAAUAUUCUGCUUGCCCAGUCCUUGCUCUGUCUGAUCCUUGAAUAUGCUGAUGCAUGCUAUCUCAAUCUCUCUGUAGAUUUACAUAAUAAACUGCUCAAGUUUAUUACGUAAAUCUUCAGAGCCUUCAAAAUUUCUGUAUCAGGUUCAUAUUUGGCUUACCAAAUACGACCACCAUCUCUUUCCAUGCACAACUCAAGUGGCUUCUAAUCAGGCUUCGUCACGACUAUAAAAUUUUCACACUCCUUUUUUAUAUACUUUUCAUUCCUUCUACUCCUCAGUAUAUUAAAGAGCACUUCACCUUUUUUCAUCAGAAUAACAGUCAGACUACCCGCAGUCUAAUUGCCCUUAGCCUCAAUACUCCUUCUAAUAUGUCUGUAGCCUACUCUAAGUCCUUUACAGUUCAGGCCGUGCGUCUGUGGAAUGCUUUACCCGUUGACAUUCGCACUUCUCAAACAAUGGGUGCCUUUAAAACGAACUUGAAGAAGUACUAUCUCUCUUCAUAACUUUGUUCAUAAUAAUAUUCAUAUUAAUGAAGCUAUUUUAUAUAGGUAUGUAUAUAACUAUGUGUAGUGAUUCGCAUACCCACCGGCAUAUGGGCUCUCAGACACACGCUCACUGUAUGUAUUUAUUUAUUAGAUGUAGUAUUUUAUUUAUUGUAUUUAGUCUCUAAGUUUAUUAUAUUUUAUGUAUGUAGUUUUUUUUAUUAUACACUAACAUCUGUUAGCUAUGCUGUUCAUCCGGUUCCAUUUUAUUACCUUUAACUACCCAAAGGUUGGCUCGAAGAGGUUGCUUAACGAAAAUGAAGAGGGCGGACUUGCCCUUUCUCAACAUAUUCAUGUUUGUUUCUACUACAUAUUUAUGUAUUAUUAUUGUGUUUUAUGGGCAAUAAAGAUAAUUUGUAUUGUAUUCUGUAUGUAGGUAUGUUGUGUUGCGAAGGUCAGAUGGGAAUUGCUUUGUGUAAAAACCUGACCUACCCAUUCUAGGAUCAUGACGAAAGGCGCACCGUGCUCCUAUUCAGAGAGGUUCCUGAAGAGGCUCCAGUGUGAGGAAGGUAUUAUAUCUCUUCGGAGAGGUGAAGGCACAACCCAACUUAUAUUUACCAAUUAUUUAUUUAAAUGUACCUACUGUAAUAAUUAAUGUAAGAUUGAUUGGCACAACCAAAGAAUCGGGAUAGUUAGUCUAAUAUUACCUAUUCCGAUUCAUAUGGGAGAUGGGACUAAAUAGGAGAAUAAUUUAACAAAUACUAAUAAAAACAUA